AUGAUCGCGUCUGGUGCGACAGUACACACUCCCGAAUCCAAACACAUCGGUGCGGAUACGAAGCAGCAGAAACCAAGCCGCGGUGGAGUUGGAGGGUUGACACCCACGACACCCUCUCGACUAGCGCAUCUUGUCGAGCAGGGGGUUAAGUAUUCGGCUUCCAUUUCGAUUCUACGUCGUCUACCCCAGUAUGUCCCUGUUGGCGGCUGCCGCCAACGCCCUGCCAAGUUGACUGGUUCAGUUGUGGCGGUCAGUUUGCCAUUCUUGACAUCUACCACGGGCAGCCCAAUGGCACUUCGAAAUUCGAAGGGCAUUUUUGCCAUCAACGGUGUGGUGUCAGCGCUCUGCUACGACCUGUCUACAAAUAACAGAGAGAGGCAUCGAUGCGGAGACGUUGGGGCGCUUGGGAUCGUCGCCCCGGAGGAAGGGGUCUCGGAGGCAACAGACAAGAUCCGGGCGGAGCCAACCACCUCAAUAUCCAAGUUGAACCUCUGGAGUCAGCGAGUCAUUGCCAGCCCUUCCGAUUUCAUUGUGGACAAGACUGCAGAAUACGAGUGGCGAUCAGCCAGUGGGACGCCGGGAACAGCGAUAGCUGUGCUUCUUACGGGUACUCCCUACACAUUAUGGAACCCAGCAAGUGGUGUCAAGUCCCUCACAAAAGAGGAAAAUGCUGGCGGUUGGGAGAAACCCACAGACUCACCCAGACGCUUCCCGUCAGGCCGAUAG